AUGAAGUUCUCCACCACUCUGAUUGCCUUCGCUGCCGCCGGCCUCGCCAGCGCCCAGCUGCCCGAUGUGCCUGCCUGCUCGCUGAGCUGCUUCCUCACUGCCCUGCAGAGCGAUGGUUGCUCCGAGCUGCUUGACUUCAAGUGCCACUGCCAGAAGACCGAGCUCGUAACCAGCAUCACCCCCUGUGUCGAAAAGGCCUGCGAACACAGUGACCAAGUCUCUGUCUCCAACGCCGUCGUUGGCCAGUGCUCCUCUGCCGGCCACCCUAUCUCGAUCCCUCCCAUCGAGACCAGCGCUUCCUCCAGCGCCAGUGCCUCAGAGACCAGCACCCCCAGCUCCGCCUCCGCUGAGACCACCGCCAGCGCCACCCCCACCGCGUCCGCUAGCGAGAGCUCCAGCGCCGUUGAGUCAUCCUCCUCCGCUGUUGAGACCGAGAGCUCCACCACCGGUGGAUCUUCCCCCGUCGGUUCCUCCUCCGGUGUUGCCACCUCCACCCCGCUGGUGACCACCACCGGAUCGGCCACUGCCUCUUCCACUUCGCCCGCCUUCAACGGUGCUGGCAAUGUCAAGGGCAACCUAGCUGGUGUUGCUGCCUUCGCCGCUGCCGCCGCUUACGUCCUGUAA